AUGCAAGCACGGUUGACUUUCAUUAUUGUGGUCUGCUUUCUUGCUGCUGUUCCUGUAUUUUUUUCUGUGUGGCUGGAUUAUGUCCCCUUGCAUGAGGUACCACCAGUUCCGAAGGACUCAUUCUGGGGAGCUGGUGAGACAUCCAAAGAUGACAGCAGAAUCGAGGUAUUCAAGGUGGACUUCUCAGAUGAGCAGAUCAGCCAAACAAAGUCUCGCCUAGAGACAGAGCGUCUGGUGCCUCCUUACGAGGACUGUCUACAGUCCAUAGCCAGGGAUUCUUUCAUGCGAAAUCUCUCAACAGUUAUGAUGUCAUUUGACUGGAAACAACACCAACAUUUUCUGAACACUUUUAAACAAUACAGAACUGAAGUUGAAGGGAUUCUAAUUCACUUUCUACGUAUUUCGAUUCCAAAGGAGAAAGGCAGAGAUACUGUCCCUAUUCUACUUCUUCAUGGAUAUCCAGGAAGUUAUUGGGAUUUUUUUAAGGUGAUACCAAUUCUCACGAAUCCCACUCGAUUUGGAUUUGAUUUUGGUCUGAAGAAGCCAAUUCAAUUCGAGGUGAUCGUACCUAGUCUGCCAGGAUUUUUAUUCUCCACAAAACCUGCGAGAAAAGGUAUUUCUGUAACGGAUAUUGCAAGAAUUGCUGCAAAAUUGAUGGAACGCCUAGAUGUCAACAGUUACUUCGUACACGGUUCAGAAUGGCUUGGCAGUGAAGUAGCUAUUUCUCUAGCAUCAAUGUAUCAAAACCGAGUACAAGGAUUACACGUCAGCAACCCUCUGGUUCAUCCCAAAACGUUUUCAUGGCAGGUUACUGUAAAAUAUUUAAUGGAGUCCUUCACUCUACCAAUUAUGGGGCUCUUUGGGAAAACUGGCGAUUUUCUGGACAAUAUACCCAGAAUCUUACCAAGUAGUGAUGCAGUCGAAGACGCCCUAUCUACGUCUCCAUUAGGGACUGCAUCCUACUUGAUGUCUGCCUGGUCUCUUCUGUCCACACGUGAUCCAUCUGUGCUACUCAAUGAUCUCUACACUUUUGAUGAACUCGCUACUGUGUCCUACUUGUAUUACCUCACUCAGACAACACCACACGCAUUACGAAUCAUGAACAGUUUCGUUUAUGAUAUACCUAGUCAGAGGCGUCAAGUGUUUACCCCUGUUGCCAUUCUCCAAUCACCACAAACCCCGUGGUAUAGCUCGCAAUCGAUAUGCCGACAUCGUUUCCUCAAAAUUACUUCUUUCACCGAGACGCCAAGAGGAGGUGCAUUUCAGCACCUGCAAGAUCCUACUGCACUUGCUGCAGACAUUUUCAGAUUCGUGGAGAUGAUAUUAAUGAAAAAAUUGUGGUACACAUCUUCAACAGAAACAUCGCAGAAAAUUUACAGAUAUCACCAGGAAAGGAUCUAG